GUCGACCUCGACUCGGUGAUUAGCCGGCUCGUGGAAACAGGCCUCUCCCGCCUGUACUCCCACCAGUUGUGUGUGCUGACGACAGAAAUCCAGUACAUUGUGAACAAGGCGCGCCAGGUUUUCCACUCCCAGCCGACGUUGCUCGAGCUCGCUGCGCCGGUGAAGGUCGUGGGUGAUAUCCACGGCCAGUUCCAGGAUCUCCUCCGCAUCUUCAAGCUCUGUGGGUUUCCACCAGACACGAAUUACUUGUUCCUCGGUGACUACGUUGACCGAGGGAAGCAAUCUCUUGAAACGAUCUUGUUGAUGCUUGCUUUCAAGAUUAAGUAUCCCGAAAACUUCUUUAUGCUUCGCGGGAACCACGAGUGUGCGAAUAUUACCAAGAUCUAUGGCUUCUACGACGAGUGCAAGCGCCGAGCGUCCAGCAAGGUGUGGAAGAUGUUCGUGGACUGUUUCAACACGUUGCCCAUCGCUGCUACCAUUGGGAACAAGAUCUUCUGUGUCCAUGGUGGGCUUUCGCCUAACUUGACCAGUCUCAAACAGAUCCGGAAUAUUCAGCGUCCGUCGGACGUUCCAGAGACCGGUUUGCUUGCAGAUCUUCUUUGGUCGGACCCCGAUGCUACCGUCGAUGACUGGUCGUCGAACGAUCGCGGGGUGUCGUACUGCUUUUCAAAGAGGAAUGUGGAGCAGUUUUGUCGUAAAUUCAAGAUAGACCUCGUGGUGAGGGGCCAUAUGGUGGUGGAGGACGGGUACGAAUUCUUUGCCAAGCGGAAAUUGGUGACGGUAUUCUCCGCGCCGAACUACUGUGGGGAGUUUAACAAUUGGGGCGCCGUCAUGAAUGUGGAUAAGGGGUUGUUGUGUUCGUUUGAGUUGCUCAAACCGACG